AUGCCUUACGAUACCAAGAAGGAGAUUCUGGCCCUUGGGGCCAUGGAUCCUGAAUUGAAAGCUCUCCUUGAAGCACACCCUCCUCCCCCGAUGAAAUUCACUACGAUGCAGGCCCUGAGAGAGGAUGUUAAAGAUCGUACCCUGCAAGCCAUCGAGGCGCUUGGUCCUCCACCAUCCUCCGUCAAGCAAACCGAUAUCACAUAUGAAACCAUAGACGGCACCGAAUUGCGCGCCCGACUUUACCAACCUACAUCACCGUCAGAUAAUGGCAGUCCCUUGAUUGUGAUGUACCACGGCGGUGGCUUCUGCCUGGGCAUUCCCGAGUCAGAAGAAAAGGCUUGUCGAGAUUUUGUACGAGCAUUUAACGCUGUGUGUGUGUCACCUGCAUACCGCCUGGCGCCGGAAUUCCCUUUCCCCCAAGGCCCCAAGGAUGCCUGGGACGCUCUCAGAUGGGCCGCAGAAAGCGCAUCCUCAUGGGGCGCCGACCUUUCCAGGGGUUUCAUCGUCGGAGGGACAUCAGCUGGCGGCAACCUCGCUUGUGUUGUAACCCAUCUAGCGCGCGAUGAGGGGCUAACCCCGCCUCUGACGGGACAUUACCUUUGCAUUGCUGGGCUGGUCCCUCCUUCUCGGAUGCCGGAUAGGUACAAGAACUGGGCGCACAGCUAUGAGCAAAACAAAAUGGACCCAAUCAACGGACAGGCCGUGAUCGACGUCUUUACGGCCGCGUACAAGCCAGACCUGGACGAUGGCGUGUACAAUGGUCCUCUAAUACACCCCAACGGCCGCGCAGGCCUACCACCGGCCUUUUUGCAAGUCGACGGGGCAGACACCUUGCGUGACGAUUCGUUGAUAUACGAAAGAAUAUUGCGAGAAGAGCACGGGAUCGAGACCAGGAUGGUCGUCUACCCGGGUCUCCCUCACGCCCAUUGGGCUUUCUUCCCUACUUUGAAGGCGAGUGCCAAGUUCUGGCAGGAUCAGCUAGAAGGAAUGGGGUGGUUACUGGAAAGAACCCCUGCAACGGCGAAAGUCUAG